GAGAGACGCAGGAGAAUAAUUAUCAAAAAAUGGGGACAAAAACCCAUAAUUCUAGAGGGAAAAUAUUCAUGAUCUAUCUAAUACUAAUCUCAUUGUCACUUUUUGGUUUGAUCUUACCUUUUAAACCUCUUUUACGGAUCACUUCAUCAUCUUCAACGUUACAGAUUAAUCUACCAUCGCCUCAAGUCAAUAAAAACCCGAAAUGGCUCCGACUCAUCCGUGAUUAUCUACCCGAGAAGAAGAUCCGAGUUGGCUUCCUCAACAUCGACGAGAAAGAGCGCGAGAGCUACGAGGCUCGUGGACCGUUAAUACUAAAGAACGUGUACGUUUCACUUGAUCCUAUACCAGAGAAUGUCACUUGGAAGAGUCUUUACCCCGAGUGGAUCGAUGAGAAAGUUUCUAACUGUCCCGAUAUCCCUCUCCCUCAGCCACAAGGUUCUGAUGCUGACGUGGACGUCAUCGUUGCUAGAGUUCCUUGCGAUGGGUGGUCGGAGAGUAAAGGGCUGAGAGAUGUGUUUAGGCUUCAGGUUAACUUGGCCGUUGCGAAUCUAGCCGUCCAGAGUGGUAUGAGAAGGGUUGAUUCGACGGUGUACGUUGUGUUCAUCGGCUCAUGUGGACCUAUGCAUGAGAUCUUCAGGUGCGAUGAGCGAGUUAGGCGUGUUGAGAAUUAUUGGGUGUAUAAGCCUUAUAUCCCGAGUUUGAAGCAGAAGCUUCUCAUGCCUGUUGGUUCAUGUCGCGUUGCUCCUCCGUUUGCCCAACUUGGCCAAGAAGCAUGGAGACCAAAAGCCGAAGGCAAUCUUAAGUCCAAGGCAGCCAUAGCCUUACCUCGUCGCUUACGAGUCGCCUAUGUGACAGUACUACACUCUUCAGAAUCCUAUGUUUGUGGGGCAAUAGCCUUAGCGCAAAGCAUAAGACAAUCAGGAUCUCAUAAGGACAUGAUUCUCCUCCAUGAUCAAACCAUAACCAACAGGUCUCUUAUCGGUCUCAGUGCUGCGGGAUGGAAUCUCCGGUUGAUAGACAGAAUCUGCAGUCCGUUUUCGAAAAAGGACUCUUAUAAUGAGUGGAACUAUAGCAAAUUACGUGUGUGGCAAGUAACUGACUACGAUAAACUUGUGUUCAUCGACGCAGAUUUCAUCAUCCUCAAGAAACUUGAUUAUCUCUUCUACUAUCCACAAAUCUCAGCUUCAGGCAAUGACAAAGUGCUAUUCAACUCCGGAAUCAUGGUUCUCGAGCCAUCGGCAUGUAUGUUUAAAGAAUUAAUGGAGAAAUCGUUCAAGAUCGAGUCAUACAACGGGGGAGACCAAGGAUUCCUCAAUGAGAUAUUUGUAUGGUGGCACAGGUUAUCGAAACGCGUGAAUACAAUGAAGUACUUCGACGAAAAAAAUCAGCGACCACAUGCACAUGAUCUUCCGGAGAAUCUAGAAGGUGUGCACUACUUGGGAUUGAAGCCAUGGGUAUGUUAUAGAGACUAUGACUGCAAUUGGGACAUGAGCGCACGACGCGUGUUUGCAAGCGAUUCGGUGCACAAGAAAUGGUGGAAAGUAUAUGACAAGAUGUCAGAGCAGUUGAAGGGUUAUUGUAGUUUGAAUAAGAAUAUGGAGAAGAGGAUUGAGAAGUGGAGAGAAAUUGCUAAGAACAAUAGUUUACCUGAUAGGCAUUGGGAGAUUGAAGUGAGAGAUCCUAGGAAGACGAACCUUCUUGUUCAGUGAGAGGUUUUUAGUUUUUGGAUUUUUUUGAGUCUGAACUCUUAAGGACACUUGGGAACAGAUAAAUGAAGAACCUUCUAAAUUCAAGAAAGCUAAUUUGCUUUAGUAUUUUUUUUUUUUUUUUUAAUUUUUGGC